UCCUCCAAAGACGAAAGUCGCUCUCGCUUGGUUUUGCAUGCAUGCAUUGCAAGCGUGCCCCCCCUCCUCUCCUCUCUCCCUCCUCUUGCUACCUCAACUCACUUUUUAAGCCAGCCUGAGUCAAGAUUAUAACGGCUUGGAAAUAGAGAUCCCCGCUGGAGGAAGUACAUUGUUGUUGUUGUUGUUUUUAAUUUGGAUCGUUCGAGCGACUUGGUUGCUUCCAUGCGCAGCCGAGAGGAUGAACGAGGAGCCCGCCAGGAGAUGAGCGCAGGACCACGCACCGGGCCGGUGCUUCGCGGGGUGGACGUCGGUUUUUUGAGGACACAUCCUGCACACUUGGACAGGAGCUGACAACCAGAAUGGAAUGCAGAUGGAUGGGCUGAGACAAGUUUCCGAUGUAGAGCUUCCUCUCUGGAGUUCCACCUGAACGUCUGAUGGAUCACCGUGUUCUAGCCAAGCUGCGGACAUGAAUCGUGAGGCCUCCGCCGCGACGUGGACGCGCCUGCCUGCGGGAGUAAUCUGAGCAUCCUGGAUACGCGCAGACCUUUUUUUUUUCUAAGCCAGCGAGGGGACGCAAACCAUGGAGUUGUUGUGGUUUGGCCUCGGACUGAGCGCAUGUUUUUAGUCCAACUGUAGCGCCCUCUUCCCCUUCCUCCUCCUCCACCAUCCCGCCCCCCCAGUCCCGUAACCCACCACCCCCCUCCCCCAUGUCACAUCUUUCUCAGAAUUAUGGAAAUUUUGUGGAAGACGCUGACUUGGACAUUGAGCCUGGUGGUUAUGGCUGCUUCCGAAUUUCAGAGCUUCAAUCGACUUUCACACAACUCUCAAGAGGAGUUCCUGUCCUACCUGCAGCACUACCAGCUGACUGUUCCUAUGCGAGUUAAGGAGAAUGGAGAGUUCCUGAGCUACACUGUAAAGCACCACCGACCUGGCCGACGGCGACGUGGGGCGGCCGACCCUUCGGCGGGCACCUACCCGGAGCCGCCCGAGUCCCGGCUUUUCUACAGACUCUCCGCCUACGGGAAAGACUUCCACUUAAACUUAACUCUCACCCCUCACCUGGUGUCCAAGCACUUUACGGUGGAGUACUGGGGCCGCCGAGGCAUGGAGUGGCGCCACAACCUGGUGGACAACUGCCACUAUGCGGGAUUCUUGCAGAACCGGAGCGGUGCCACUCAAGUGGCGCUCAGCAACUGCAACGGCCUGCACGGUGUCAUCACAACGGAAGAUGAGCAGUAUUUAAUCGAGCCGCUAAAGAACAGAUCCUCCCCCACCGGCAACUGGAACCCGGAGGAAGCACAGCAACACGUUAUUUAUAAAAUAUCCGCCAUACCCUCGUCGCAGGGACAGAGCCGGGAGUUUAGCUGCGGCAUUUCAGAUUUGGUUAAAAACGACACCCUCUCCCCGGUCCGGGCGUCGGCUGAUGGUGCCCGACGAACGCGGCGCUCCGUCAGCACCGAGCGUUUCGUGGAGACGCUGGUGGUGGCCGACAAGAUGAUGGUGGGCUACCACGGUCGCAAAGACAUUGAGCACUACAUCCUGUCCGUUAUGAAUAUUGUUGCCAAACUUUACCGCGAUGCCAGUCUAGGAAAUGUUGUGAACAUCAUCGUGACACGGCUCAUUAUUCUGACCGAAGACCAGCCCAACUUGGAGAUCAACCAUCACGCGGACAAGUCUCUGGACAGCUUCUGCAAAUGGCAAAAGUCCAUCCUGUCCCACCACAGUGAUGGCGGAAACAGCAUUCCGGAGAACGGGAUGGCCCACCACGACAACGCUGUGCUCAUCACGCGGUAUGACAUCUGCACCUACAAGAACAAACCCUGUGGAACGUUAGGCUUGGCCUCGGUGGCAGGGAUGUGCGAGCCUGAGCGGAGCUGCAGCAUCAAUGAAGAUAUCGGCCUUGGCUCGGCUUUCACCAUCGCUCACGAGAUCGGCCACAACUUCGGCAUGAACCACGACGGCAUCGGCAACUCGUGCGGCACCAAAGGCCACGAGACGGCCAAGCUGAUGGCGGCGCACAUCACGGCCAACACCAACCCCUUCUCCUGGUCGGCCUGCAGCAAAGACUACAUCACCAGCUUUCUCGACUCAGGUCGGGGGACGUGUCUGGACAAUGAACCUCUGAAACGAGACUUCCUGUACCCAACAGUGGCUCCGGGGCAGGUGUAUGAUGCUGACGAACAGUGCCGCUUCCAGUACGGGGCGUCCUCGCGCCAGUGCAAAUAUGGGGAAGUGUGUAGAGAGCUCUGGUGCCUUAGCAAAAGCAACCGCUGUGUUACUAACAGUAUUCCUGCCGCCGAGGGAACGCUGUGCCAGACGGGGAGCAUUGAGAAAGGGUGGUGCUACCAAGGCGAGUGCGUGGCGUACGGGACCUGGCCGCAAAGCGAGGACGGAGGCUGGGGUCCCUGGUCGACGUGGGGGGAGUGCAGCAGGACGUGCGGUGGAGGCGUCUCCUCGUCCGUGAGGCACUGUGACAGCCCAGCGCCUUCCGGAGGAGGGAAGUACUGCCUCGGAGAGAGGAAGCGCUACAGAUCCUGUAACACCGGCGCCUGUCUUUCGGGAUCCCGCGAUUUCCGGGAGAAGCAGUGUGGGGACUUUGACAGCAUGCCUUUCCGCGGGAAGUACUACAACUGGAAGCCUUACACCGGCGGCGGCGUCAAGCCGUGCGCUCUUAACUGCCUGGCGGAGGGAUACAACUUUUACACCGAACGCUCUCCAGCCGUCAUCGAUGGCACGCGAUGCCAGGCGGACUCCUUAGACAUUUGCAUCAACGGAGAGUGUAGGCACGUGGGCUGCGACAAUGUGCUGGCGUCGGACGCCAAGGAGGAUCGGUGUCGUGUGUGCGGUGGCGACGGCAGCACCUGCGAGGCUACUGAGGGACUCUUCAAUGACUCUCUGCCACGUGGAGGUUACAUGGAAGUGGUCCAAAUCCCCAAAGGUUCCGUUCACAUAGCGAUCCGAGAAGUCACUCUUUCCAAGAACUACAUCGCUUUGAAAUCCGAAGGGGACGAGUAUUACAUCAACGGCGCGUGGACCAUCGACUGGCCGCGGAAGUUCGACAUCGCCGGCACCGCCUUCCACUACAAGAGGCCCGCCGACGAACCCGAGUCUUUGGAGGCCCUGGGAGCCACCGCCGAGAACCUGGUCGUCAUGAUCCUCCUCCAGGAGCAGAACCAAGGCAUCCGCUACAAGUUCAAUGUGCCUAUCCAGCGCACCGGGAGCGGGGACAAUGAGGUGGGCUUCUCCUGGUACCAUCUGCCCUGGUCCGACUGCUCAGCAACGUGUGCUGGAGGCUCCCAAAAGCAGGAGUUGGUGUGCAAGCGUCUGGACGACAACUCCGUGGUCCAGAACAGUUACUGCGACCCGGACGGUAAACCCCCCGAGAACCAGCGAGACUGCAACACUGAGCCGUGCCCCCCAGAGUGGUUCAUCGGCGACUGGUCCGAGUGUGGAAAGACGUGCGACGGCGGCAUCCGCACCCGCACUGUCCUGUGCAUCCGGAAGAUGGGGCCGGCCGAGGAGGAGACGCUGGAGGACACGCACUGUCUCACUCACCGACCCAUUGAGCAAGAGGCCUGCAACAACCAGUCCUGUCCUCCCAAAUGGGUCACUCUGGACUGGUCCGAGUGUACUCCAAAAUGCGGGCCCGGCUUCAAGCACCGCAUCGCCUUGUGCAAAAGCAGCGACUUGAGCGUAACCUUCCCGCCCGCUCACUGUCCCACUCACAACAAGCCGCCGGUUCGAAUCCGCUGCAGCCUCGGCCGCUGUCCACCUCCGCGAUGGAUCCCCGGCGAAUGGGGGCAGUGCUCGGCGCAAUGCGGCCUGGGCCAGCAAAUGCGGACGGUGCAGUGCCUGUCUUACACUGGGCAGCCGUCCAACGAGUGCGCCGAGACCCUCCGGCCCGCCGCCAUGCAGCAGUGUGAAAGCAAGUGCGAUGCCACGCCCGUUUCCAACGGUGACGAGUGCAAAGACGUCAACAAAGUGGCCUACUGUCCACUGGUGCUCAAGUUCAAAUUCUGCAGUCGGGCCUACUUCCGCCAGAUGUGCUGCAAGACGUGUCAGGGCCACUGAGCUCUGCGCAAAGCCGCCGCCGACGUCCGUGACGUAGCGGGAAGACCCGGAACAACGAGGCGACGCAUCACAGUCGGCUGCGGAGCCAAACCACUGCUCAGCCGUCACGCUGACGCAAAAAUUUGUUCACUUCUGUGAAGUGGAGCUCGAAAGAGGGAUCGGUUGAUGAUGUUAUUUUAUUAUAAUAAUAAUUCCUGGUAUCAUCGUCGCGUCUUCCUCCGAGUUGCCGUUCGAUCUAAAGUGCUGGACACGAGGCUGAUGUGAAAACGCUGUUGCCGGGCGAACUUUUGGUUGGGCAGCGUUCUUGCUACAUUUCAACGGGAUGUAAGUUGUUUUGGAACUUUAAUGGAAAUUAAAAGUGAAUGGAAUGUAAAUGUUACAGUUUUAGAGCAGGGGUGUCCGAACUGAUCUCCGAGGGCUGUUUUUGGAAAUGAUUAAAUUAACUUGUUGGUUGCCAUUGACGGCGAUAGAUGUCCAAUCUAUUUCGACUGGUGAUCGAACAAUAAGGAUAAUCAUAAAAAGGUAGAAAAUGUCCAGCAAAAGAAAAAAGUAGCAUAAAAAUCAUAACCAAAUUAGCUCAUUUCAUCACAUUGGAUUUGUUUUUAUUCAUUCUUAUGUAAAACAAAACACUGAAAUUCUAUAGUGUCAUUGAUUUUGACCCAUGAGCCUAAUGUAAAGGAACUGUGACUAGCGCCAUCUAGUGUUGAAGCCAAGAAGUGCAACAGAAUGUAGGUUGAACUCAAGCUUCUUGUGUCGGACAUAUUCAAUUAUAUUUUCACAAUUUGCUGCGGCCCAUAGUUUGGACACCCCUGUUUUAGAGCCUUUUUACUUUUAUUUUUUUUUCCAGACCCAAAUAAGAACACUGGGGAUUAUUCUUAUAAAACUGGCAUGCCAAAUUCAAAAUUGCAGUUUUUUUCCUCCACAGUUUACUUACUGUUAUACAAUCAUGACAAAAACAAAAGCCUUUGUGAAAACGUGUCAGUCAUCACUUUCAUUCAAUAUACGUCGAAUAAUGUAUUUUUUAAUCGUCGGUUUUGGAUUCCGCAACUAAAAAAUUGUUAAAAACAGACCUAAAUUGUGUUCCCCAGUGAAUUGUAAUCUAAUCAAAGCACUAAAAUAUCUUUGUCUAGUUUUUUUCUGUUCUACGUCAUCUGUAGUUAAAGGGACUAUACGGAGUUUGUUACUUUUUUUUUUACUCAUGACUGCCACCUCUGGCCUAAUGAUCAAUUGCAGCUCGUCCAUGGCACGCAUGCUUGUUCGAGCACGAACUAUUGUUGUUGAAAUGUUCCCAGAUCGACAGGAAGUGAUCCUGAAAUGUCCCCAAAUCAACGAGAAGGGUCUGACUGCAGCCGCAGCCACGCUACAAACUACGCACCUCCAAACCACGCCUGCUGUUGGUACGGUGGCGCGAAGAAUUCGUUUAUUAUGUGAAGUUCAAAGGGUUUUUGGGACAAUAGGCCCUACCCCAAUUCUUUAAAUUUAACUAGACACAGGGGUGAUGCGGAUAUUGCAAUAACUAGAUUGUGACCUUUGUCAUGUUUGGAUGUCAUUUAAUGUUGCGAAUCAACCAUUAAUGUUGAUACAAUUCCUCCCAUUAUUGCAUUAUUUCUAGGGUUGUCAAACGAUUAAAAUUUUUAAUUGAGUUAAUCACAGCUUAAAAAUCAAUCGUAAUUAAUCGCAAUUCAAACCAUCGAUAAAAUAUGCCAUAUUUUUCUGUAAAUUAUUGUUGGAAUGAAAAGACAAAAGACGGAUAUAUACAUUCAACAUACUGUACAUAAGUACUGUAUUUGUUUAUUAUAACGAUAAAUCAACAAGAUGGCAUUAACAUUAUUAACAUUCUGUUAAAGCGAUCCACGGAUAGAAAGACUUGUAGUUCUUAAAAGAUAAAUGUUAGUACAAGUUAUAGAAAUGUUAUAUUAAAAGCCCUCAAUGUUUUCGUUUUAAUAAAAUUUGUAAUAUUUUCAAUCAAAAAAUAAACUAGUAGCUCGCCAUUGUUGAUGUCAAUAAUUACACAAUGCUCAUGGUGCUGAAACCCGUAAAAUCAGUCGCACCGAAGCGCCAGCAGAGGGCGACAAAACACCAAAAAAACAAUAGUAACAAGUGGACAUGACACUGUGUUGUCAUUUUUAAUCUGUUUGAGCGGGGCAUGUGCGUUAAAUGUGUCAAAUAUUAUAACGUGAUUAAUUAAAAAAAUUAUUAUGCCUGUAACGUUAAAUACAUUUAGAAAACGAUUUAAUUAAAAAAAAAAAAAAAAUUUAAAAAAGGCAUGGCCGAUAUUUUUUUGCCGAUUCCGAUACUUUGAAAAUGACGUGAUCGGACCCGAUCGAUCGGCAUCGACAUCUCUAGUUGAAAAUAUUUUGAUUGAAGCAACUAUUUUUUGAUUGAAAAUAAAGACACAAAUCUACCUCCAUAUGGCUAAGCCCAGGGGAUACAAUUUCGACUGGGUUAACUACAUUGGCACGACACCGGCGGGCGUACCAUAUUCAAUGGCGAUCUUGGCGAAAAGUAUAGCUGUCCUAAGCAGCCUGAUUUAGAAUUCCCCUCAAGAAUGAUGGGAAACAAAAAAAUGCUCAUUGUCAACUAUUAUUAUAAAUAUUCUUGUAAGUUAAUUUAAUUGCUGACACUGCGUUUCCGGGUCAUCAACAUGUUGUGCCCCCCCCGCCCCAAAAAUCAAACUCCGCCCAUGAUUACAGAAAAUAAUGAACUUUAUCACAAUAUUAGUAUUUUCAACAACAAUGAACCCAUCCAAUCAGCAUCAGAAAUGUAAAAACACUGAGUAGCAAGUAUAGCAAAACUGCAAUUAAAUUAACUGUAAAAAUCCCGUAUAGUCCCUUUAAAUAAAUUUUAGGUUACAUUUUAACUUUGGCAGUGACUGAACAUUUCAAUUCCUUCAGCCAGUUAGAACAAAAAAGUCCAAACUGUGCUCGUGGUGCUAAUCAUGGUAAAUGCUGGUCGUGUUAUUGUCAUGUUUGUACCUCACACUGGGUGUUUGUUGUAGAAUUGUAUUGUACAGCAAAAAGAGGACAUUACAUCCCGUCGCCGACAAGCCAUCACUGCCGGCUCAGGAAAGGGAAGCUUUAUAUGGGAUUCAUAUUUUGUUGCUGCUGCUGCUACUUUUUUGGCAGCCAACAUUCUUUGAAGGAGGCCGUCGGAAGUAGAAAGGACAGCGUGGAUUCAAAACGCUUGGACUAAGUGAAAUCAAGCUGGUACUCGUUGCUGUGAACUUUUUUUUUAAUGUCCCGUUGCUUGCUUACAUACUAAAAAAAAAAGAAUGAAAAGCAUUGUGAUGAGUUGCAUAUAUUUUAUAUUCAGUAUUAAUGUUGCUACACUGUUACUAAUCCCCCUCAAAUGUAAAUUAUAUGCUAAUUUAUUGUGUUGUCUCACGUGUACAUUUAUUUUCACUGCAUGCUAAAUUGAUGUUUUAGCAUUUUGGGGGGAAACAAUGCAGUGACGCAGUUGGUGCUAAAAUGUCAGAUGUUAGUAAAAUGCUAGCUGCUAGCUACAUUUUUUCCUGUUUCACCAUCUUUUUUUUGGGCCACGGCACAUAUUUUACGUGACAAAAAUAAAUAGGGUGAU